CCGCAUUAUGAGAAGUGUCUCAUGAUUUCACCCUUUUUGCAAAAAUUUCCAAUUUUCUCAAGCUCAAUUUGUAUUGCCUGCGGUCUGCGGAUUUCUAUAAAAUCUGCUUAUUUGUACUGAAGAUUGGUACCUAUACGAAUUCGAGUCAAGUCUCUACACUUUUCCCGAAAUAUAGCCGGCAAACAGAGACAUCGCAAUGGUGAACUGGUCAAUGCUAGGAUCCAUUGUUCUGCCCAACGUUGGGGGGUGGGCAAAUGGUUUAUACUUUGCUGGGCAAAUCAGGAAGGGAGAUGAGAAGAGCUGGUACGAUAACCUGAACAAGCCUAGCUGGAACCCACCGAAAUGGGUGUUCGGGCCCGCCUGGACGGUGCUGUACUGCUCCAUGGGAUAUGCCUCGUAUCUGGUGUUGGAAGACUGUGGUGGUUUUACUGAGCAAGCAAUCCUGCCGAUGACUUUAUACGGAACCCAGCUGGCUCUCAACUGGAGUUGGACACCCAUAUUCUUUGGAAUGAAAGACUUUAAACUGGCGUUCAUUGAGAUCUCCGUGCUCUCCGGGGCAGCGGUGGCCACCACCAUCUCUUUCUUCUCCGUCAACCAGACUGCAGGAGCUUUGAUGCUGCCCUACCUCGCUUGGCUGGGCUACGCUAGCUCCCUCAGCUACUACAUAUGGAAGAACAACCCUAAAGAUGAGAAGAAGAAUUAAAUACCAUAACAUGAUGGGCUUUUGCUACUAAGCAUGGCCAUUAUACGUUUUUGCGCUAGGUUAGAUUAUGUUCCGAAAUCUAAGCCAGUGCACAGGCCAUUGGCCAGACAUUCGUGACAUAAUAUUAUGGUUAAUGGUAAAAACAAUAAUAAUGUCUAUAUUUUUUAUUGAAAGUUGGUAUAAAUAUAAAACUAUUCGAACAUUUUGUCUACAAUGACACCUACAACAAAGUCUUAUAUGCCAAUAUAAAGUAUGGCGUCGAUUUUAGACGUCACUAGCACUGGUCAGUGUACUGGGUAAUAUUUUAGAACCUACCCAAAGUGAUUGAUAAAGAACAUCUAUCAAUUUGUCUCUAAAUCUGUCAUUAUUUCUAUUCUUUCGCAAAAACAACUUCUAACGUUAACAGUUAAGACUAAAGUCGAUUAAAUAAUAAUUGUUAAACUUAUCGACUUAAAAAUAUUACUUACUUAAAAGUGAUGAAAUAAUCAACUCGAAAAUAGAUUUUCUUCACAAAUUGUUUUGCAUAAAAAUGUAAAAAAAUUGUAAAUGUAUUGUAAUUUACCGGUUUAGUCAUUAUAAAGUCAUUAUUAGGGAUUUGGGCAAUAUUUUCUUCAAAAUUACAAUACACACUUAGAAAUAAGAACUGAACACUCGACCAAAAUGUAGCUUUAAGUGAAUAUGAUGAAUACAGUAUGUCACAUAAGUCAUAACUCAUAAGAAACAUGAAAAUAUAUAUUUUUGUGUAUUUUACAAUAAAAUCAGCUAUUAUUUUUAUUUAUGAUCAUUUUUGUGAUGUACUGUAUACAUGUUGCUUUUAGAAGUCAACUAUAAUGCUUAAUAACACCCUGGACUAUGCACAUUCCUAUUUUAAGUAAGUACUUAUUAAUUUAUAAAGUACUUAUUCUUGUCUGCAUUUAUAAACUGUUUUCUUGACUUUUCGAAUAUUUAUUGUUAUUAAAUUGUAAUUGCAAAA